AUGUCUUCAAAAGAAUUCGUUUUUAUUGAAGUAAAUGCAAAGCAACCACAAACCACGCCAACGGGUCCACCUGAUGAUCUCGUUAUUGAAUUUCCUCCCACCUUUGACCUAUACGAAUUAGGCGCAAAAGUUAGAAAUGGUAAAGGAAAAGAUACGAGAAAACCACCAAACGCAUUUAUCCUCUUCCGAAAGAAAUAUCUUGACGCUUUACAUCGUCGUGGUCAAAGAAUACCAAUGAAGCGUGUUUCAGGUUGGGCAAGAGAUGCCUGGAAUUUAUUACCUCAUACUCAAAAA